AACAAAUCCCUCAUACAAUCGACCUCAUAUUGUCCACCAUUAUAGACCCUUUCUUUUUAUAAAAAUAAAAAUAAAAAUAAAAAUUAAAUUAAAAAAAUAAUUUUUUGUGUUUUGUCUGAAUCAAUGGUAGUCUCCACAUUCUACCAUCAUCAAAUUGAAAUUUCUGUAUUAGCUUGAGUUGGUUCAGUUCUUUUUCUCACACAUUUCUUUUUGUUUAUGAAGGCUUUUUCCCCUUGUAUUUCUCUGAUAAAAAGAAAGGAUUUUGAGGACUACUUUCUUCCAAAGGCCAAAUUCUCAUUGCCUUUUGUUCGAAGCAAUAAUUUGGUAAAAAAGAAAUGGGGAAGAACUUGAGACAAAAAGGUUCAAUCAUAUCUUUAAGAUCGAGUAACGAGAAUGAAGGAGGACAUGCAUGGGGUUUACUUCAUAUCAUCAAAUAUCAUCACUGGCGUCGUGUUAAGAACAAGCUCACUCAUAAAACCCCUUCUCCUGUUGAAAAUCAUGUAGAGUUGCCAAGUUCUAAUCCUAACAAGCAAGAACAAGAUGAUGGGCAUGUGUAUAAACCUAUUGUUGAAGAGAGAAGUAGAGAUUCCUCUCCAAGAAAGAGCAAUUCUGUCAAAUCUCGAAUAAAGUCAUUUCUUGCUGAAGAGAUGAAUCAUAAAAAGGGCAGGCAUCAUAGGAGUUCAUCCUGUCCUGUAAGAUCACAUUUGACAAGAACAGAUUCCAUUCACCAUUCACAACUUCCUUAUUUGGAACCACUUAUCAAAAAGUUGGAGUUAGAUGGUGAGCGAAAUAGCGAAAUCUAUUCUGCUUCCAAUGAGCUAAAUCCAAUGGCAAUACAAAGUAGUGAUUCCAGUGAAGAAUUCAGUGCCAGGGUUGUUAUUGAUCAACCACAACAUGGCCACUUUGAUGAGAAUCCAACUUUUCUCCAGGGAGAGUUGGAGAAUGCCACAGCAUUUAUGUUGAAACAGAAGUCUACACAUGAAAGAAAAUGCAGUGUGGAUGCUUUGGCUAGCCAUCCCAAAGAGUAUUUAGAUGCCUUGGAUAUAAUCAGUGUAAACAGGGAGUUGGUGAUGAAAAUUUUGCAGGAUCCAGGGUCUCCUUUGGCUCACCACUUUAGUAAUCACCAAGCACUGAGCGCGAAGCGAGGACUAGACAAGUGUGAGACAUUCCCAUCAUCUGGAUCAUUAGGAAAAAGAGGUUUAGAACCUAGCAGACUCAAAAAUAUGCAGAAGGUUGAUUGCACAACACAAGGAGUUGCCAAAAGGUCUCAUAAUCCUUCUCCAGCUUCUGCUGAACAGCGAAAGAACCAUGGUGAGACUCAUGCUGUUGUUAAGCAUUUCAAGACUCUUAAACAGAAGAUUAAGCAUGUAAUCAGAGAAGGAAGAAAAGAGAGACAUAUCAUUAGUAUGGACGCCAUCAUCCAUAAGAUUCCACAUGGACAAAAUGUGGAGGAGGAGAUUGAUAAUAAACUUAAUAGUUUGGCAAAUUAUGAAGAAGGUAAAGACAUUGAUGGUACUGGUUAUGAAACUGAUAUUUCAGUUUCUUCCCUUGACAAAAAUAAAGAAAGGCGGCGCCAAAUGAGAAGAGCCUCAUCUCUCACCGAAUCAUUGGAUCGCUAUUGCCAGUUGUAUGAGACUAGUUUCAACCGAGAAGCUAAACACCAAACCGCUGAAGGAUUGAAAAUGAAAUUAAAAGAAGAAGGUUCCCCUAUUAGUGUGCCAAAGUACUUGGCCAGGAUUUACUCCUUACCUGACCUAAAUUCUUUUCUUGAUCAUGAGGAAUCUUCUGAUGCUUUGACCUCCUCAGAAGUGCAAGACAACAGUGCCAUGGAUCACAAUGUUAGCACAAGUAGUUAUGAUGAACCAAAAAGUCUUGAUGUUCCAAUAGGCACUGAAGAUCAGUUGCAUCUGAAUGAUGAUCAUAUGGCGAAGAGCGUUAUUUCUAAAUCUUCGGUUGAGACUGGUGCAGUAAAUUUUGUUACAGAUGAUGAGCUGGGGUUAACAUCAAUAUCAAAUAUUGAAGAAUAUAAUCAGUUGUGUUCUCAUAUGCAUGAUUAUGGAAGCUUGACAUUAGAAGAAUCAGGAAAAGAGCCAAUACUUGUUGAUGAACCAGCUAACUUGGUCGAGGACAAGGAGCUUGACAUGGUUGCACCUCAAGGGUCUGAAAGUGCAAAAACACAAGAAACACUUGACAAACAGGUAAUGGAAGAAAUUUCCCAUCUUAAAGUGAAUGCAAAAGACAAAGCUGAGUUCAGUUAUGUGAGAGAUGUACUUGAACUAUCUGGGUUCAGUAGCAAUGCAUUGCUUGGAACUUGGCACUCUGAUGAUCAACCAGUUGAUCCUUCAGUUUAUGAAGAAGUAGAGGGUUCCUUGGUGGUUGAUCCCAACACUUGUGCAAACGAAGAUAUUGAAAGUGAUCACAUGCUAUUAUUUGAUAUAAUAAAUGAGGUUUUGAUUGAGACAUAUGCAAAGUCAUACAGUUACUGUCCAUUUCCACUGUCUUGUGUUUCACACAUGAGUCCAAUGCCAGCAGGGCCACAUGUUCUGAGAGAAGUGUGGUCCCUUAUAAGUUGGUACUUGAGCUUCAAGCCAGAGGUUGGCCAAUCACUAGAUUAUGUUGUGGGACGUGACUUAGCAAAAAGUCAUGGGUGGAUGAACCUUCAAUUUGACACAGAGUGUGUUGGUCUUGAGCUAGAAGACUUGAUUUUUGAAGAUCUCCUAGAGGAAGCCAUAUUGGGCUUCGACUUAGUUAGUCCAUGACCAUAUAUAUGUUACUUCAAAGUGGUCUUCUAGGCCUACAAGCCAAAAGUAUGGACCUAUCUCAACCCUCUGUCUUGGUGGGAUGAAGGGCUGAGAUUGCAUGGCUGCUUGAAGAGAUAGUGCAUAGCAUUAGAAAUUUUGUACAUAUAUUGUGUUGUAGAUUCUUAGAAAACUAAGAGAGAUAAAGUAUACACGUAUAUAUAUAUAUAUAUAUUUAUAUGCAUGUAUUACACUGAUUUUGUAGUGUUGAGUUGAGAUUUUUGGCUACAAGGUAAUGCUUAAUUUUGUAGUGUUGUCAAUACUUACAUUUUUCAUAUAACUAAAACUCGAUGUUGACAGGUAAGCCCGUCUAGCUCAGUUGGUAGAGCGCAAGGCUCUUAACCUUGUGGUCGUGGGUUCGAGCCCCACGGUGGGCGUAGUCAUUUUUUUCCUUUUUUCUUUUUUUUUUUCUUUUC